CGAUGCUAAUACUCUUUUUUAUUUUUUGAUUUUCUUAAAGGAGAGUGCUUAUGCAUCGGUUCUCUUCCUCAACAGAAGCGGGUCCUCUUAUUUUUCUUUAAGUCAAUAACCAGAGACGCCCUAUCUAUCUUCUUCUCUACGAUUGUUCAUUCACCAUCGUCCCGCGCCGUUGUCUUUGGGCCAUCGCCAUUUCCGCGCUCGACAACAACGCCGUCGCCAUCCCUAGUGUCAAGGCUAGUGUGCUAUGAUCAAACCCUAGGUCUCAAUCGGACAAGUCUUCAUGGACGGCUCACGCUUCUGAGUGCAAAGAUCGAGUAGCGAGAUGAGGAACUUGAGGUUCCGAUCCAUUGGAUGGUCGGAACCAUCUAAAGCCUUGCUUAGAGGUGAUUUCUUUCCCCAUCCUUUUCAAUUUUAUUCACAGCUGUAUAUAUGUCUGUCUUCUUUUUGCUUGGAUUGGAUCUAUGUGCACUUUGAUCGAAUUCGUGGAUUUUCUACACUUUUUAUUCGCCGAUUCUUUGAUUUGAAGACAUUAAAAUUGAAAAUUGGAGUUUUGGUCGGAUUUGAGCAGUGUCAUGAGCUCAAGGCAGAUUGUUUGAUCUUAUUAUGCAUAUUGGUUACUUUGAUAACAUUAUUAACACUAAUUAAUGGGUUAAAUAUUUUACUCUCUCAUAUGAUUUAUAAUGCAAAUUAAAUUGGAUAAAGAAAAGAAAAUCCAUUCAAUUCGUGACAGACGAAGAGGAAUUUUGAUGACAAAGGAGGAUUUAAUCAAGAAUUUGGGAACCAUUUCCAAAUCUGGCACUUCAGCAAUAUUUGUUGAGAAAAUGCAGAAAAGUGGAGACCUUAACCUUAUCGGACAAUUUGGUGUUGGGUUCUACUCUGUCUAUCUCGUGGCUGACUAUGUAGAAGUUAUUAGCAAACACAAUGAUGAUAAGCAAUAUGUUUGGGAAUUAAAGGCUGAUGGAGCCUUUGCAAUUUCAUAGGAUGAGUGGAAUGAGCCACUUGGCCGUGGAACUGAAAUCAGAUUGCACCGUAGGGAUGAAGCUGGUGAAUACUUGGAACAGUCUAAAUUAAAGGUGAGUACAGAAGUAAUUGUGGUCUUAGCUCCUGCUUAAAACAUUCAGACUCACUGGUUCUUUUUAUGGACUCUUUAUACAUUCGUUAUAUGAUUCUGAGGCACAAAUGGACAGCUUUUUACUGGUGUUGUGAUAUACUCCGUAGUAUUUACUGGUGUUUCUUGUGAUAUAGGUCAAAAAAUAUUCUUCAUGGUAAAACAUUCAUGGUUCUUCAGAAAUCAGUGGCAUUAUCUGGUAAAAGCUCAAGUAGUGUCCGGUUUUCAGAACUCAAGAAACAGUGAUAUUAUUUGCCUCUGAUGGUAAAAUAUUCAUGGUUCUAUAAACAUCUUUAUCAGUUUCUUUUGUUUAUACAACAAAAAAUUGUGUUAUAAAGCAUGCUAAAACUUUCAUGCUUUUUCUCUAUAUGGUGCUAAUGCAUAGUGUAGAUCGGCAUUGGAUUACUUUCUCUCCAUCAACUAUGCGGAAUCAACAGCGUUUUAUUCUAUUCUAGUAAGAUCUUCGAAUCUGCUGGUGAGUUCUUCUCUCAGCUUCAUAAUCUUCAAAUGAUGCAGUGACAGUUACUGGGGGCAUUUGUUCCAUAAGUCUUGAGUGCCUCAUAAUGCUAUGAAAUUUUGAACAUACAUGUGUAAUUUUUUAAUGUUUUGUAAUUUCCAAUAUCCAUAGGAGCUUCAUCCAGUAAAGCCGCAACUUUUGGAAUUGGGGCUAUUCAGGUAACUAAAAGAUUCUUUUUUUUUUUGUUUCAGUAGUCAAUGAAGCUAAAAGAGUCACAAUUGGAAAUUAUGACUCUUUUAUAUUAAUGGCACAAGACUACUUUUUUUAUACGGAGUACUUAAAAAGAAAAAUAUAUCGAAUUCUGUUUUCCCAAACUAGCUAGCUAAAGGAAAUAAUGAUAUGUUGUUUUAAGAGUGACUGUUUAUUGACAUUCUGCGUGUGGCAUUGCAAUGCAGUGACGAUGAAGCAGAGAUGAAGAAAUGUGCUCUUCAUCUGUUAGUUUUAUCACAUUCCUGUUACUAGGAAUUGUUUUCGCACCAUGUACAAGCUAGGGAAGGGUAUGUUCUUGUGUAUGCCAGUUUGUCAAAUUCAGCAUGUGAGUGGUUCUAACCCUAAGGUGAAACAUAUGCAUGAUAAUUGUGGAUGAAACUGAGAAGUUCAUUUCAAAAGUCUGAUUAUCCAAAGGUGUUUGAUAAUUUCUCUCAAAGAAUAUUUGGCUAAGCUUAAUUGAUUUGGAGUGCACUUCUAUUUGUUUAAUUCCGAACCAAAUUGUUAUUCUGCAAUUGGCGAUAGUACAAUUGCAUCGGUAGUUUCGAUGCUAAUACUCUUUUAUUUAAAUUAACAAAAUAGCAAAGGCUUCGGUUGUUUAGAAAAAACCAAUGCUAAUACUCUUUUAUUUAAAUUAACAAAAUAGCAAAGGCAUC